AUGACAUCAAACGCUCGACCACAAUCAGUGAGGGGGUUGUACACUCCCCCAGCCGAAGAAUGGGUAUUCUUACCACCUUCUGUCAAUCCACCUUCUACUUCACCUACGACUAGUGCGCCUUCUCAUGUGCCAUCGUCAUUCAAUCCAUCCGUGGAAGAUGAUGAGAAUAUGGCACUACCAAUGAUGGGCAGACCUUUCAAUCUGUUCUUGUCAGAAUAUCUCACAACGGCAAUGGGGAUGCCAUUCGAAGUUGGUAAAACAUUAUUACAAGUCGAAUAUAGACCAAGAAAGAAGUUUGUUCAAGAUGAUGAGAUACAAAGUGUUAUCGAAAAAGAACAAUUCGAAUUACAAGAUGAUCAAAUUGAAAAUCCCGAAGAAGCAGAUAUGUAUUUCUCAGAUAGAUUAGCUCAACCUGCAGCACCUUUGGUACCUCCUUCAGAGCAGAUAGUGGAGACGGAUGCAUCUGGAUAUUUACCUGAUCUUCACCCGUCUUGGCUUCUCAAUGACGAUCCAGAGAUAUCAAGAGGGAAUGGAGUAUGGGGUAUGAUCAGACGAAUACGAUAUACUUCUUCAGAGGGAUUACCUGGAUUAUGGAAAUCACAAUUAAUCUCAACGAUUCAUUCAUUCCUAUCUAAUAUCUUACAACCUUCCAUCCAUUCAUUCUUGUUGGUUCUGAUACCAUCAAUCUCAUCACCUAUAUCAUUAGAUAUAAGCUUAACUGCAUUACCCAAUCCAGGUAUACCAUUAGGGUUACAAGUUACAUCGCAUCUUUUGACUCAUUUACUUUUAUCUCCUUUGGAACUGAUUAGAACGAGAUUAAUAGUUAUGCCUACAAGUCAUCAUUCGACUCCUACAAGUGUUACCUUAUUCAAGAAAAUGAUUGAAGAAGAAGGUGGAUUCUCAACUUUAUAUUUCAAUCAAAUUUUGUUAUUCCCUUCAAUAUUAGAACAUUCCAUCAGACCUUUAUUGACUUUAUCAAUCCCGUUAUUGGUGGAGAGACAAUUCGGUAUCUCACCUGACAUUUCACCAGUCUUAUAUUCGUUAGCGGAUCUUUCGUUGGGUUUAGGAUCUUUGAUCAUCCUGUUGCCGAUCGAAACUGUUAGGAAAAGAUUGCAACUCCAAUCGAGAAGUGCGGGUGGCGGUAAGAAACUGAAAUCUGUGGUGAAAUUAAGAGAAAAAGAUUACGUCGGUAUAGUAGAGGCUAUUUGGAGAAUAUUAAAUGAAGAGACAGGUGUGAGAAGGAAGCGAAAGAUGACGGAGAGAGAUGAAGGUGGUUGGUUCAGUGGUGUGAGGCAAUUAUAUCGAGGGUUCGGUAUGGCCGCCACGGCUCAUGUUACAGUGUUUGGUCUAGGUCUAGUCAGUCAGAUGUUAUCAGGGAACGAUGGGGGAUGGAAAGAGAUUUGA